AUGGGAGCUGCCGUGCUUGUAGAUCUCAGCAGGGAUCGCCUUAGAUCCAGACGCUUUGCCGAUGGCGAAAUGCUGCAUGAAAUUGAUGGUUUCGUGAAGAGAGAGUGGGAUGUCGAGGCUGACAUUGGUCUCCACUUGCGGCAGACGGACGAUAGCGGCGCCGGAGAUGAUAGAGAGAAGUUUGAGGAGGCCGUUGGAGUGCUCGGCCCAUCGCUGUAG